GAAAGAGGCUGCCUCAUCCACAAACACAAAUUUUGUCUCUCACUCCUCACACUCAAAAUCUUCCAAAAAUUUUUUAUAUUUUAUUUUAUAACUUUUUUUCAUCGAAUUCUUCAGCCACCAAAAUCCCCUACUUCAUCUUCACGACCAUCACAUUUCCCAAUAGAAAAUCUAAUAUCUUCAAGUAGCCGAGUCCACCACCAACUGGCCCCACCUUUAUUACCAUAUUAAACUAAUUCUAAAUCAGUUUACAUAAUCACAACCGUCCAGUUUCCCAUCAGCGGUGAUUAUUGUGCCGAGCGUUGGAGACGCGUCAUAGGGAAGAAGCAGAGAGAGCUCAAAAGGGGUAAAAUCGUAAAAAUAUAUUUCCAAGGGCUGAUGAUGGCCAUUUGUUAUCGGGAAACUCAAUUGUUUGAAAGCAAAGUUAUAUAUAAGAAGAAUAAGGGAGAUUACCCAGAGGAAGAGAGGGUACUCAGAGAAUGGGAAGAGCAUUUGUGUAUGUAAUUCUUGGAGGAGGAGUAGCAGCUGGAUAUGCAGCUCUUGAAUUCACGAAGCGAGGAGUUUCUCCGGGUGAACUCUGCAUCAUUUCGGAGGAAACCUGUAGAGACAACUGACAAGGCUUGGGAAGGGAAACGAAAUGAGGUUGCACCAUAUGAGAGACCUGCGUUAAGCAAAGGUUAUUUACUUCCAGAGUCUGCUGCACGCCUUCCAUCAUUUCACACUUGUGUUGGUGCCAAUGAUGAAAGGUUAACACCAAAAUGGUACAAGGAACAUGGAAUUGAGCUGGUUCUUGGAACUAGCGUUAAGUCUGCUGAUGUGAGGCGUCAGACUUUAUUAACUGCGGCUGGAGAGACUAUAAGUUAUAAGAUCCUCAUUGUUGCAACAGGUGCCCGGGCUCUGAGGCUUGAGGAAUUUGGUGUGAGUGGAUCAGAUACUGAAAACGUGUGUUAUUUACGAGAUUUAGCUGAUGCAAAUAGGAUUGUAGAUCUUAUGCAAUCUUCUGUUGGUGGGAAUGCUGUUGUCAUCGGUGGUGGCUACAUAGGAAUGGAGUGUGCUGCAUCUCUGGUGAUCAAUAAAAUAAAUGUAACCAUGGUUUUUCCGGAAGCACAUUGCAUGGCUCGGCUAUUUACACCCAAGAUUGCAAGUUAUUAUGAAGAUUAUUACACAACUAAAGGGGUGAAAUUCAUUAAAGGAACUAUCUUGUCAUCAUUUGAUAUAGACUCCAAUGGAAAGGUUGUAGCUGUUAAUCUUAGGGAUGGAAGUCGAUUGCCUGUAGACAUGGUUGUAGUAGGGAUCGGAAUACGUCCAAACACAAGCCUUUUUGAAGGUCAACUGACUUUGGAGAAGGGCGGGAUUAAAGUAAAUGGGCGAUUUCAAUCAAGCAACUGCUCAAUUUAUGCAGUAGGUGAUGUUGCAGCAUUUCCAGUCAAAAUAUUUGGUGAAAUCCGAAGGCUUGAGCAUGUUGACUCUGCUCGAAAAUCUGCUAGGCAUGCAGUUGCUGCAAUUAUGGAACCAGACAAAACAGGCGAAUUUGACUACCUGCCAUUCUUCUACUCUAGAGUCUUUGCUUUCUCUUGGCAAUUUUAUGGGGACAAUGCAGGGGAAGUAGUCCACUAUGGGGAUUUCUCACAAAAUACAUUUGGGGCUUACUGGGUAAGUAAGGGUCAUCUUGUUGGAUCUUUUCUUGAAGGUGGAACAAAGGAAGAGUAUGAGGCUAUAGCUGAAGCCACAAGGCUGAAGCCAGCGAUUGAAGAUUUAGCAGAGCUGGAGAGGCAAGGUUUGGGUUUUGCUGUGGCAGUUAGUCGGGAAGCAGUGCAGUCGCCACCACCUGCUGAGGUAAAACAGAGUUCUGGCCUUGUUGUAGAGAGAGACUUAUAUCCCUGGCAUGCAACAGCUGGUGUUAUUCUUGCUGCAUGUGUAGCUACAUUUGCAUAUUGGUACGGGAGGAGGCGUCGAAGAUGGUAGGAGAAUACUUAAGGGGAUGACAGCUGGAAAGUGGAGGUCAUUGAUGUCUUCCGGUUUACUUCUGUAAUAUUCAUGUUGUAGCAUUGAUAGAAGUAGGAUUUGGGAUAUGUCUGAUCUUAUACCAAGGUAUAUUGUAUACAGAAUUGAGAAUCUUAGCGUUGUUGAUAAUUUAAGGGAACUGUUGUUACAUUAUCUAACAAAAGCUCUGGGAUCGUUACAUGUUUUAUUGUCGACAGGAAGAGAUGCUAAAGAGACAUUUUGUUUUUUAA